AGAAAAAAAACCGCAGCGCCCCCAAUUGGAGUUAAAUUUAAGUCAAGUUUGCUGCGAGUUUUACUUCGUAUAUUUUUAAUUAAUUGUAGUUUAUUCCUCAGCCCGUGUGUUGUAUUUUAGUGCAAAUAAUCACUACAAAGCCUUAUCGUAUGCAUUCACAUCCCCGCACUUCCUGCCCGGAAACGCUGAAGCCAUGAAUUCGACAUCAAACGUGGAGAAUCUAUCACCGCAGAUUAUUCGGCAGAUUGUCAAGGAGAUGCACGAUCUGUCCACCAAUUCCCCGGAAGGCAUCAAAGUACAAAUAAAUGAAGCCGAUGUGACGGACAUUCAAGCAAUAAUCGAGGGUCCAGCUGGGACACCCUAUGCAGGUGGGGCCUUCCGCGUAAAGCUCGCCCUUGGCAAGGAAUUCCCAUCAACACCGCCAAAGGCAUUCUUCCUCACGAAGAUCUUUCAUCCGAAUGUUGCGGCAAAUGGGGAAAUUUGCGUGAAUACCCUGAAGCGUGACUGGCAACCCGACUUGGGCAUUAAACACAUCCUCCUCACCAUAAAGUGUCUCCUCAUCUGCCCAAAUGCCGAAUCAGCUCUCAAUGAGGAAGCUGGGAAGAUGCUGCUUGAGCGAUACGACGACUACUCGCAGCGGGCGAAGAUGAUGACGGAAAUUCAUGCGCAAACAGCCAAAACGGGGCUCCAGAGCGACGAGGAGGGUCCACUGUCGAAGAAGAAGGCGCAGGAUAAGAAGAAGGAGAAGCUAAUUAAGGAGAAGAAGCGCAAUCUCAAGCGAUUAUGAGCGCGCAAAACCUUCCAUCUCGACUUUUUUUUGGAGAAAGAUAAAUUUAAAAACCAUUUUCUGAAAAAAACUUAGUUUUAGGCGCACCUAAUCUUUCCUUUUGUGAAUGAAGAGAUAAAAAAAAACUCAAUCAAAUCCAGUCAAUUGAGACAACGCGCGAGAAUGAUCGUUUUGUGAACGGAUUAGCACCACCCACACAAACUUUUUUAUUUAGAGUGGAUUGAUGAUGAAUUUUCUUCCUUUUUUUACCGCCCUUUCCCUCAUCCUCACACCCCCAACCCCCACCCUCACUACACUCAUAGAUUUCUAAGUCGAUCACCUGUCUGUUUUUUUUUAAAUUAAAUUAAAUUUUGUUCAUUUAUAAAAAUCAAAGGGAAUCACUCUUGUCAUUGCAAUUUAAUUAUUAAAAUAUUUUUAGUUUUUCUUGUAAGAUCAAAGAGUUUUUUUUUUGGCAAAAAAUGCAUUUUUUAUGUUGUACAAAAGUUUUAUUUUUAUGGAAUUUGUUGGGUCAAAAUGUGAAUUUUCUUUGGGAAAAAUAAACAAAUUAGCAGAAAAAUAAGAAAAUAAAAUAAAAUUAAAGAAAAGAAAGUUUGCAGAUGAAACCGACAAAGGACCGCGUAUUUUCAACAACAACAAAAAACCAGCUAAAUUUAUUGUAACAAUUUUCUCAAAAUACAAUUUUAGAUAAUAAAUGUGUGUAAUGUGUCGAAGGCGAAAAAGUAGAAAAUAAUAUAUAUUUAUUUCAUUAAUGCCACUGAAA